AUGAGUAGUGUUGAUGCAACGUAUGGACCUAGUGAAGGUUUAAAACCAGCCGCUAAUAUUGAAGAAAAAAUUACCCUUGCAAAGGUGCCGUUGGAACGAAAAUGUGCACUACCCCAGAAAGGGUUUGUUAAAAUGGACAGUUAUGUCAUCGCACCACCGGAAAAGUUCUGCCUACAAAACCGUUUAUCGAUAGAAUGUCUCAACCUGACGCAGUUACAACGCGCAUGGGGACUCGACCUAAGAACGCAACUCAGCAUCCCUGGGCGCAUUUUAAUCAAUAGUCGUGGAAAGAAGCGUACCACUGCUGAGAAGGCCGCUGACGACCAACGUGAAAGGGAGGCAAAGGAGGCAAGUGAAAAAGCUGUACAAGAAAGUUAUCAGCGUAUUGCUACUUUGCAGGCACAGAUGCAGGCUGACCAAGAUGCUAUGCGUGUUGACGCAUCUGACCUUAUUGUACAGGUUCUUGUGCAGCACAAGUGUGCCACGUCCGGCGCUGUCAACCUGCCGGGAACGAACGAUACAAUGGAACGCGCCAUCAGGCUUUUUGUCAAUGGACACAUGCUCCUAGGAGACAUCGACACCUCUGGCAAUGGCAACCAGAGCAGUGUCCCCUUGGCAUUUUCAGAAGCCAAUUGGGGUGCGCACACGAGGGCUUACAUGGUGUCUAUCACACGCUUGCCAGACUCGGUCCUUAUCCGAAACUCUGAGCUUGCGCAGAGCCUCGCCACGAAGAGGCGUGGUGGCGUGCGGAUGGAUGUGGACAAAGAAUCUGGGGAUGAGCAAGCGUUCAUUUUCUAG